AUGCUCACCACCGCGUCUUCUGUUUACUGCUAUCGGGAUUUUCGCAAGUCUGACACUUUGCUCAUCGACACCGCAACUGACAAAGAUGCCCAACUGCUCGACGUGGCUAAUUAUGCCGCCAAAACCGUUUCGGCACUGAAUAUGUUGGGGCGGUCAUUACACUUGGUAAGAGGCUGGGUUCCGAUGAACUACGAUUCCAACAUUUCAUGGCUUAAACAACUGCCAAUUCUGGCGGCAAUUUCGGCUACGUCGAACGUUGAUGUGUGGCCGGGUCCAGCCACAUGGGAGCUGGCGACAUAUCUCCGUACCGCCGCCAUGUGUUCACUGACUCGUCUCCUCAGCAGUCUUCACUUUCUCCGUCGCAGUUGCUUUGCCUGCAAGUACAGUGGAUCCGAUAAACGACUUCAAAUAUUUAUUGCCAUGGCAGUGGGCCUCUUGGUCGCAUUCGCUGGCGUCCGACAGUUGCCUCCGACCUUUGUGCCAAUCCAACCCCACUUUUGCGAGAGGGCACCUGACGGCUCCCGAAACAUUUCGGACGAACAGGAGUCCACUCAAACUUUAUGGUCCGUGCGAUUUGGCCUUUCUUCUGGUCUGCCUAUAUAG